AUGCCGUCAUUAGCAUUAGAUAAAGAAACAUUUUAUAGGCGAUUAAAACAUCUAUACGAUUUUUGGAAGAAUAAUAAAGAUGAAAAUGUACGAGCUUUAACUAAUGUAGAUGCCUUUACAUGUGCAGUUGGAGUUGAUGACUAUACUAUGUAUAGUAAAUCAUCAUCGCUGCAGAUUUGGUUAUUUGGUUAUGAAUUAACUGACACGGUGUCAGUUUUUACAUUAGAAGGAGUGCAUAUUAUAGCCAGCAAAAAAAAAGUUGAGUUCUUAAAACCAGCCGAAAAUGUUAAAGAUUCUGACUGUCCUUCUGUGAAACUUAUUACAAGAGAAAAAGGCGGGAAUGAUAAAGAUAGCAUUGACAAAUUAAUUAAAGCUAUAAAAAAUAGUAAAAAUGGCAAAUCUGUUGGUAUUUUUGGAAAAGAAAAAUAUCCAGGUACAUUUAUGGAUGCGUGGAGAACAGAAUUUGAAAAAGGAGACUUUAAUACUGUUGAUAUAAGCUCUGUGAUUGGUUAUAUUUUAAGUAUAAAAUCUGAAAAUGAAAUCACAUUAAUAAAGAAAGCUAGUUUAAGUUCAGUUGAUAUGUUUACAAAGUACCUCAAAGAACAAAUUAUGGAAAUAAUCGAUGCUGACAAGAAAGUUAAACAUACAAAACUAGUUGAAGGUUUAGAAGGAGCGCUGUCAGAUAAAAAAUAUUUGCCAGCAAAUGUUGAUCCAUCUCAAUUAGAAUUUUGUUAUCCUCCUAUUAUUCAAAGUGGAGGAAAUUAUAGUUUAAAAUUUUCUGCAACUAGUGAUAAAAAUAUUUUACAUUUUGGAGUGAUAAUAUGCAGUUUAGGAACACGAUACAAAUCAUACUGUUCUAAUCUUAUAAGGACAAUGAUUGUCAAUCCAACUGAAGAAAUCCGGUCAAAUUAUGAGUUUUUAAUAAGUUUGCAAGAUAUCUUAAUGUCGAGAUUAAAAUCUGGUAAUAAAUUAUGUGAUGUUUAUAACUCUGGAAUAGAAUUUGCUAAAAAGGAAAAACCAAAACUUGUAGAUUUGCUAACAAAAAAUUUUGGAUUUGUAAUGGGUAUUGAAUUUCGUGAAAGUUCUCUAAUGAUAGCUCCUAGAACUACUGCUUGUGUUAAAAAAGGUCAAGUUUAUAAUUUAUGUGUUGGUUUAUCUGGAUUAACAAAUAAGGACGGAACUGACAAAGAAAGCAAAGUGUAUGCUUUAUAUGUUGGAGAUACAGUUUUAGUAAAUGAAGACACUACAGCAACCUUAUUGACUCCAUCCAAAAAAAAGAUUAAGAACAUAGCUAUUUAUUUGAAUGAUGAUGAUGAAGAUGAAGAAGAAGACGAUGAAAAAGAAAAUGAACCAAAACAAGAACCAAUUGUCAGCCGAGGAAAGAGAACAGCAGUACUAGAAUCAAAACUUAGAAUGGAUUCAUCAAGUGAAGAAAAACGUAAACUACAUCAAAAAGAAUUAGCUGUGGCUCUAAACGAAGCUGCAAAACAACGUUUGGCUGAACAGUCAAGUGGCAAGCAAGCUCAAAAAAUAAGAAAGUCUAAUGUCUCUUAUAAAAAUCGUAACCAAAUGCCACAAGAAAGAGAAGUUAAAGACCUUAAAAUUUAUGUUGACAAAAAAUAUGAAACCGUUAUACUUCCAGUAUUUGGUAUUUCUGUUCCUUUCCAUAUAUUUACCAUCAAAAAUAUUUCCCAGAGUGUUGAAGGCGAUUAUACUUAUUUAAGAAUUAACUUUUUUCAUCCUGGAGCUGCCUUGGCGAGGGGUGAAAGUUAUUUUCAAAAUCCUGAAGCCAUGUUUGUUAAAGAACUAACUUAUCGUAGUUCAAAUACAAGAGAACCUGGUGAACAAAUAACAGCAUCAACAAAUUUAAUGAAUGCCUAUCGUAUAAUUAAAGAAGUACAAAAAAAAUUUAAAACCAGAGAAGCAGAAGAAAAAGAAAAGGAAGAUUUAGUUAAACAAGAUACAUUAGUAUUAUCUGUUAACAAGGGUAACCCAAAAUUGAAAGACUUAUACAUAAGACCGAAUAUUGUAAACAAAAGGAUGACUGGUACUUUGGAAGCUCAUUCUAAUGGAUUUAGAUAUAAUUCAGUUAGAGGUGAUAAAGUUGAUAUUUUAUACAACAAUAUUAAAAAUGCAUUCUUCCAACCUUGUGAUGGUGAAAUGAUUAUAUUGUUACAUUUCCAUCUGAAACAUGCUAUCAUGUUUGGUAAGAAAAAACAUUUAGAUGUACAGUUCUAUACUGAAGUUGGAGAAAUAACCACAGAUCUGGGUAAACACCAACAUAUGCAUGAUAGAGAUGAUUUAGCUGCCGAACAAUCAGAACGUGAAUUGCGUGUUAAAUUAAAAACUGCAUUCAAAAGUUUCUGUGAAAAAGUAGAAACUGUAACCAAACAAGAAAUAGAAUUUGAUACUCCAUUUAGAGAUUUAGGAUUCCCUGGUGCACCAUUCAGAAGCACAGUUCUUUUGCAACCUACAAGUGGAUGCCUAGUUAAUUUCACUGAGUGGCCACCAUUUGUUAUUACAUUGGAAGACGUCGAAUUGGUUCAUUUUGAAAGAGUUCAAUUCCAUUUAAAAAACUUUGACAUGAUUUUUGUUUUUAAAGAUUACCAAAAAAAAGUUGUCAUGGUGAAUGCUAUACCAAUGAAUAUGUUGGAUCAUGUUAAAGAAUGGCUUAAUUCUUGUGACAUUCGAUAUUCUGAAGGCAUUCAGUCAUUAAAUUGGACUAAAAUUAUGAAAACAAUUACUGAUGACCCUGAGGGUUUUUUUGAAAAUGGAGGUUGGACUUUCCUUGAUCCUGAAUCUGAUGAAGACGAAGGAGCUGCAGACGAAGAAGAAGAAGAAGAUGAGCCUUAUGAGCCGUCUGAUGUAGAAUCAUUUGAAGAGUCAGAUGAUGAUGGAUCUGAAUAUUCAGAAGCUUCAGAGGAUUCAGACAGUGAUGAAGAAGAACUUGGUUCUUCUGAUGAAUCUGGAAAGGAUUGGUCAGAUUUAGAAAGAGAAGCAGCUGAAGAAGAUCGUGAUAGAAAUGAGUUUCAAGAUGAAUAUUCAAAAAAAAAAAUGGGCAGUAGUAGUGGAAGUCGAUUUAACAGUUCCUCAUCACAUAAAAAAUCAAGCAGUGAUAAGCACAGUCCAUCUAAAAGUAAAUCAUCAUCCCAUCAUAAAUCAAAUAGCAGCAGCAAUCAUCAUCAUAGCAGUAGUAAUCGUCACAGCAGUAGCAGUGGACACCAUGGAAAACGUUCUACAGGAGGUGAAAAACGUCGCCACGAUGAUAGCGGUGAUCGUCAUUCUUCUAAAAAACAUAGAAAAUAA